ACAAGCGCCACCACAACUACCGCAGCUCGCGCGAACCCACUUCCAUAUUACGGAUUCCCGAGGGGCCCAUCCGCAAAAAAGACCCCACAGCCCAUCGCCGCAAACCAAUCACUCGGCGGCGCGCCGCUGCCGCUGCCGCCAUGGCCGCCGCGGACGCCGUCAAGCAGCCGCUCCUCCACCGCGCGUACCCGUCGCACGCGGCCUCGGCUUCCUCGCCCUCCCUCCCCUCGGUCUCCUCCUCCGGCGUGCACGGCGGCCGCCCGCGCUUCCCCGGCGGCCUCGACGUCCCCAACCUCAAGAAGCGCGGCGGCGGCACGCGCAGCUGGAUCCGCGUCGAGGCCUCCACGGCCUCCGUGCAGACGCUGGAGGUCGACAAGGCCACCAUGAUGCGCCGCUGCGAGCUCCCCGCCCGCGACCUCCGCCUCCUCGACCCGCUCUUCGUGUACCCUUCCACCAUCCUGGGGAGGGAGCGCGCCAUCGUCGUCAACCUGGAGCAGAUCCGCUGCGUCAUCACCGCCGACGAGGUGCUCCUCCUCAACUCACUCGACAGCUACGUCUUCCAGUACGCCGCCGAGCUGCAGCGCCGCCUCCUCCAGCGCGCCGAGGGCGACGAGCUCCCCUUUGAGUUCCGGGCGCUCGAGCUCGCCCUCGAGGCGGCCUGCUCCUUCCUUGACUCUCAGGCAGCAGAAUUGGAAAUUGAAGCAUAUCCAUUGCUUGAUGAGCUGACGUCAAAAAUUAGUACUCUAAAUCUGGAACGUGUUCGGCGACUAAAAAGUAGACUAGUUGCUCUGACCAGAAGAGUUCAGAAGGUCAGGGAUGAAAUAGAACAGCUAAUGGAUGAUGAUGGAGAUAUGGCUGAGAUGUAUCUCACGGAGAAAAAGAUGAGGAUGGAAUCAUCCGUAUUUGGUGAUCAGUCAUUGCUGGGCUACAACUCAGUAGGUGCUGGGGCUUCAGUUUCAGCUCCCGUGUCUCCAGUCUCGUCACCCACAGAAUCAAGGAAGUUGGAGAAAACAUUCAGCUUGUGUAGAAGUAGACAUGAUAGUGUGAAGAGCUCAGAUAACACAGUGACAGAACAUAUUGAAGAACUGGAAAUGUUGUUGGAAGCAUACUUUGUAGUCAUUGACAGCACUCUUAACAAGCUUACUUCGCUGAAGGAGUAUAUCGAUGACACGGAAGAUUUUAUCAACAUUCAGCUGGACAAUGUUCGGAAUCAGCUGAUCCAGUUUGAGCUUCUACUAACAACUGCAACAUUUGUUGUCGCUAUUUUUGGAGUGGUCGCGGGGGUAUUUGGGAUGAACUUCGAGACUUCGGUUUUCAGCAUACAGAAUGCAUUCCAGUGGGUCCUGAUCAUUACUGGAGUGGUUGGGGCUUUCAUCUUUUGCUUCUUCGUCUGGUUCUUCAAGUACAAGAGACUGAUGCCCCUGUAGAAUAUAAGCUCCGCAUAAGGUGGGCCAAAACUUAUACUCUCUCUGUUAAGGUAUUUGAUCAAAAGCCUCGAACUCAUGUAAAUUAACAUUCUUCUAGAGGCUUACAGCAUACCUACGGGGAAAAUCUAAUGAAAACAUAUGUUCCGUACUGCUGUAAACGGGGUAUUAUAGAAAAGUGUUGUUCUACGGUACCUAAGUGUCUCAGUUUGCAGUUUCCUUAAAAGAAAUUACAAGAGGUAAUAUUGUCGUAA